AUGCCUCCACGUCGCGCUCCUUCUAAUGGUUCUGUUGCUCCUUCUCGUGCCCCCAGCCCACCAACAGGUGACGAUGAAGAGACCGUCUUUUUCGACAGUGUUGAUGAGCUCCAACAACACGGAAUCAACGUCCAAGACAUCCUCAAGCUCAAGGCGGCCGCGAUAAACACUGUCUCUGGGGUUGUCAUGAGCACCCGCCGCCAGUUGUUGAAAAUUAAGGGCAUGUCCGAAGCCAAAGUCGAAAAGGUCAAGGACGCAGCUAACAAAAUAAUGGGUUCAUCUUUUGCAACCGGCGUCGAAAUCCAGGAGAAGCGCAAGCGUGUAUUCACGGUUAGUACUGGAAGCAAGGUCGUGGAUCAAAUCAUGGGCGGUGGAAUCACCUCGCAGUCGAUUUCUGAAGUGUAUGGGGAAUUCCGAACGGGAAAGACUCAACUUGCACACACCAUGAGCGUUGUCGCACAGCUUCCUGCAGAAAUGGGUGGUGCUUCGGGAAAGGUCGCCUAUAUUGAUACCGAAGGAACCUUUCGCCCGGAUAGAAUCAAAGCCAUCGCGGAUCGCUUCGGUGUCGACUCUACGAUGGCAUUAGAAAAUAUUUUAUAUGCCCGGGCAUUCAACAGCGAACACCAAAUGGAACUGAUUAACGAGUGUUCGGGGCGCUUUGCAGAAGACAAGGACUUUCGAUUGCUUAUUAUUGACAGCAUUAUGGCUCUCUUUAGAACCGAUUUCUCUGGUCGCGGCGAGUUGAGCGAACGGCAGCAGAAAUUGGCUCAGAUGCUCUCCAAGCUGUCAAAACUUUCUGAAGAAUACAAUAUUGCUAUCUUGCUCACGAACCAGGUACAAUCUGAUCCCGGUGCGACAAUGACUUUCGUUGCUGGCGGCGCACUGAAGCCCAUUGGUGGACACAUCCUCUCGCAUGCUUCUGCUACGCGCAUUUUCCUUCGCAAAGGUCGUGGAGAAGAACGUGUCGCCAAGCUAGUCGACAGUCCUGACCGCCCUGAGAGCGAAGCGACGUAUAAGCUGGAUGAAGGCGGCUGGGCCGACGUGUAA